AUGUACAAUGGAUAUGCACUACCACUGUAUCCGCCCCAAUUUUUCUACCCGUCUGCAAGCGCCCAACCUUCGUUCACCUAUAUACCUUCUCAAAUCGCUACACCUAAUUCAACAAAUUACUAUUGGACCGAUUCAACAAUCCAGCAAUCUGCUAUUAAUCGCACUAGUAAGUUCCUUAUUCAUCCAGUAGGUGUCUCUGGUUGCAAUAUAAGUAAAGGUCGCCGUAGUCGAACGACCUUCUCUCGCUAUCAACUGCAAGCAUUGGAAGAGCUUUAUGGAACCACACAUUAUCCAGAUGUUUUUACGCGACAAAAACUGGCUGAUCAAAUUAAUCUCGCCGAAAGUCGUGUUCAGAUUUGGUUUAAAAAUCGCAGAGCCAAAAGUCGUCUUCAAGAGAAACAAAAAGUGCUAAAUGAAAGCGCAACAGUGGAUGAGCUGGCCAACGAUGAUACGAUCUCACCGUCAACACAACAACGAAAGCAGCAACAAGAAAUUGCAAAACGGUGA